UCAGCUUGGUGUUAGCCUUAGCCAGUCCCAAGCCCCUCUCCUUUGGCUGUCUGCCCUUUGGCUACCUGUUAUUUGGCUCUGGGGAGUGGACAGUGAGAGAGUCAUCCAGCACCCAAGUUCGUCCAGUUUCAGAUCGUCCGUGAAAGCACCCGGGACUUCUCUCCAAGCUCCAACCUCUUUGCUACACGCUCAUGGUGGACUAUGUGUGAGAGAGUGGUCUCUACCUUCGUUAGGGGGCUCCAGCUCCAGGUCUAACCUGGAGUCUGUUCCUAGUUUUUUGCGGACUCCAAGUGAAGGGGUCUGAGAGUCAUUGAUCCCACAGCCACCAUGGGGCCCUGGGGGGAGCCAGAGCUCCUGGUGUGGCGCCCAGAAGCAAUAGCUUCCGAGCCCUCGGUGCCAGUGGGGCUGGAGGUGAAGCUGGGGGCUCUGGUUCUGCUGCUGCUCUUGACGCUUGUCUGCAGCUUGGUGCCUGUGUGUGUGCUUCGAAGGCCAGGCGCUAGCCAUGAAGCCUCCGCCUCAGGCCAGAAAACCCUAAGCCUCGUAAGCUGCUUCGCAGGAGGCGUGUUUUUGGCUACCUGUCUUCUGGACCUGCUGCCUGACUACCUAGCUGCCAUAGAUGAGGCGUUGGCGGCUCUGCAUGUGACGCUUCAGUUCCCUCUGCAAGAGUUCAUCCUGGCCAUGGGCUUCUUCCUGGUUUUGGUGAUGGAGCAGAUCACACUGGCUUACAAGGAGCAGUCCAGUCCACCACAUCCGGAAGAGACCAGGGCUCUGCUGGGAACAGUGAAUGGCGGGCCUCAACACUGGCACGAUGGACCAGGGGUCCCCCAGGCCAGCGGAACUCCAGCAGCUCCCUCCGCCCUGCGUGCCUGUGUUCUGGUCUUCUCCCUAGCCUUGCACUCAGUGUUUGAGGGCCUGGCUGUGGGGCUGCAACGAGACAGGGCUCGGGCAAUGGAGUUGUGCCUAGCUUUGCUGCUCCACAAGGGUAUCCUGGCAGUCAGCCUGUCCCUGAGGCUGCUACAGAGCCACCUGCGGGUACAGGUGGUGGCUGGCUGUGGGAUCCUCUUCUCAUGUAUGACACCUCUGGGUAUUGGGCUGGGUGCAGCUCUGUCAGAGUCAGCUGGGCCUCUGCACCAGCUGGCCCAGUCUGUGCUGGAGGGCAUGGCAGCUGGCACCUUCCUGUAUAUCACCUUCCUGGAGAUCUUACCCCAGGAGCUGGCCACUUCCGAGCAGAGGAUCCUCAAGGUCAUCCUGCUCCUAGCAGGCUUUGCCCUGCUCACUGGCCUGCUCUUCAUCCAAAUCUAAGGUGCUUAAAGAGAAAAGGCAGGGGAGGCAUCCUGUUAGGUGCCUCUGUCCUCUCUAUCCUCUCUGUGCUUCCCAGUUUGUAGGAAGUAGAAAGGAAGUAGUGAGGACCAGUGAGUUCUCUGAGAGGUAGGGAUGGAGCAUUUGGACUAUGAAUCAUGAGAGGGAAGAGGGCAGGUAGGAGGCUAGCUGCAGGCCCAAAGAGCAAGAAAUAGCCAAGUCACUAGAUCGGGCGGCAUCAAGAAUCAGACCAGGCACUACAUCUAGAGGCACACUGACAGAAGAACUGGAGAUAGGCAUCCAGUGGCUUGGAGAUAAGACGCAGAGGGUGUAAGUCAGUCAGUGCCCUGCUGGCUCCAGCCCAUUUCAGCUCUCUGCCAGUUGAAGUGGAUCCUCUUACUUUCUUCUGUGUCUCUUCUCUACCAAGGGACUAGUGCCAAAUGGUCUCUUUGCCAGUUUUUAUAAUUUAUCUGGCCUCGAGUGUCCUGCUCACUUUUGUUUGUUUGUUUGUUUUCUUUUCUUUUGAGACAUGGCUUCUCUGUAUAUCCCUGGCCGUCCUGGCACUUGCUCUGUAGACCAGGCUGACCUCCAAUUCAGAGGUUUGCAUGCCUCUGCCUCACCAGUGCUGGAGUUAUAGGGGUGCUAUGCCACCACACCCACUCACACCUCUAUUUUUAAAGUGCCAAACACCCACCUGCCCCCUCCUUUUUUAGUUGUUUUUUUUUUUUUUUCCCGAGACAGGGUUUCUCUGUGUAGCCCUGGCUGUCCUGGACCUAGCUCUGUAGACCAGGCUGGCUUUGCACUCACAGAGAUCCGCCUGCCUCUGCCUCCUGAGCACUGGGAUUAAAGGCGUGCGCCAACAUGUAUGGCUCACCUGCUCCUUCUCUCAAAGCACAGUUAGGUGGCCCUGGGCCCUGCCCAGCACCUCAGUGGAGACCUAUUUGCUCGAAAUUUGAGCCCCACAAUUUGGGUGGGGCAGAAAUGUUUGCUGAACUGAACUGCAGUAAAGAGAAAGUAGGUACAACUUUUGACACCAACCACUACAGAAGGUGCCCCAUACCUAGAUAAUAAACAUUGACCUGCCAAAACUUUUUAUAUCUGGGGGGGGGUGCAGAUCUCCCGACCCCGCCCCAGGAUUAUUUUGGGGGAGGGAGGGCUGUGCAUAGGGGCUUACUGUGUAGAAUCUAUUUUACUAACUGACCUGUUUUGGGACAUGUUACCCAAAUAAAAGAUAUUUCUAUA